AUGUCGGAUGGCCAGACCUUGCCAGAUCCUCUUCAUGCAGAUGCAUCAAAGAUUGCCAUCGGAUGCUGGAGGGGUAGGACCAAUAUAUCUGUGAUGAUAACAGCUAUUGACUGCCAGGAACUGCAGGAAAGGCUGUUGUUGCGCAUGGAAGCCGAAAAGGGUUCUUUGUUGCAGGAAAAUAAGGACUCUUCUGAGGCCGACAGACAAUGUAGUGAAAGUGAAUCAUACAAAAAUUGA